AUGAGCCAUCUCUAUCGGCACCUUCGCAUCCACCAAGUCUUCGGUGCUAACACCGAUGUAGGAAAAACUAUCAUCACAACGGCUCUCGUGCGCGCAUCUGCCCUGAAAAAUAGCGCUGUUUUCUACCUCAAGCCAAUAAGUACAGGUCCACUUCACGAUGCCGACGACGCACAUAUUAAACGCUUUGCUGGUCCGAACCAGUCUCUCGUCGAGACACGGUGUCUCUUUCGUUACGACGAGCCAGUGAGCCCUCACCUUGCGGUAAAGAUGGCUUCCGGAGCUCAAAAAAAUGCGGUGAGGGAAUCGACAGUCUCUGUCCCAUCCGACCGAACUUUCCUGAACAACGUAGCGCAAUACAUUCGAUCAUGCGCCCGCAAGUGUCCAGCAGGGCACGUAUAUAUUGAAACAGCCGGAGGUGUUCACAGCCCUACCUUGAGCGGGACCACUCAGGUGGACAGUUAUCGACCGUUGCUUUUUCCGACCAUACUCGUCGGGGACUCGAAACUCGGCGGUAUAUCAUCAACCAUCUCGUCGUAUGAAUCGUUACUUCUUCGCGGAUACAUUGUCGACGCGGUCAUUCUUUUCCGAGAUCAUUAUUACCGGAACUACGAAUAUCUAUCGUCAUAUUUCACUACGCGCGGUUUACGCGUACUCUCAGUAGAUCCACCCCCUCCGCGUCUUGACAACCAUGCCAAAAACGCAGAAAACACUGAAGCCUAUUACGCAAAAAUAGUGCCUGGCGGAUUAGACGGUGAUAUUUUUGAAGCUGUUCGUCACUUGGACGACUGCCAUACCCGUCGUAUUGAAGAACUUGACACUAUGCCUCGUCGAACGCUGGAUACUGUCUGGUGGCCUUUCGUACAACAUGGACUGGUAAAUUCUGAAACGGAUGUCACGGUCAUCGACAGUGCUUGGGGAGACUUCUUCAGUGUUUACGAGCGCGCUCCCGAACCACCCUCGGAGACCGCCUCCUCCGAUAAUUCCCUUCUCUCUCCACAGUUCGAUAGUUCGGCAUCAUGGUGGACCCAAGGCCUUGGUCAUUCCACACCGUCCCUUGCAUUAGCAGCUGCCAGCGCUGCUGGGCGGUACGGCCAUGUAAUCUUUCCAGAGGCUACCCACCUGCCAGCUUUGAAGUUAGCGGAGCGCCUUGUUAAAGACGGCCCUGGAAAAGGGUGGGCUUCACGCGCAUUUUUUUCCGACAACGGCUCUACUGGAACCGAGGUCGCGUUGAAAAUGGCUUUGCGAGCGUUUUCUAUUGAAGCUGUGCCGGCAUUGACGCCAGCCGAAAGAAAAAACCUUGGAGUAGUUGGCCUGAAGGGUUCUUACCAUGGGGACACGAUAGGAGCCAUGGACGCCACUAAAAAGAGCAUUUAUAGCUGUGAGUGGCAUCAGCCCAAAGGCUUUUGGUUCGAACCGCCUACCGUAUCCAUCAAGAGAGGAAAGCUCGUGGUUUCAGUCCCGAAUCCGAUGUUCACCUCAGUAGCCUCCACUCACCACUUUGAUACUCUAGACGCUUUGUAUGAUGUUGAAGGCCGCCUCUCCUCCCCACUUGCAGAGGCAUAUCGACUGCUCAUGCGACAGACGCUCCAAACCUUUAAUCGCUCUAACGAACAAAGGCUGGCCGCCCUGAUGCUGGAACCGAUCGUAAUGGGAGCCGGUGGCAUGAUUUUCGUGGACCCGCUUUUCCAGCGAGUCCUCGUCGACAUCGUCCGUGACCCUUCGCUAUUUUCGACUCCCCUCUUGGUCAUUUACGACGAGGUCUUCACUGGGUUUUAUCGCCUUGGAUUGGAGAGCGCUAUUCCUUUGCUAGGAGCGAAUCCCGACAUUUCGGUCUAUGCAAAAAUACUCACCGGGGGAACGUUACCACUUGCAGUGACGCUUGCCUCUGACCGCGUGUUCCAAGCUUUCCACAGCCAGUCCAAAGCAGACGCACUUUUACACGGGCACAGUUAUACGGCACAUCCCAUCGGAUGUCAGGUUGCAAAUGAGACUUUGGAUCUGAUCAGUGGUCUGCUGCAGAAGGAACCAUGGAAGACAGCGCAGGCUAAGUGGUCCGCUGACGCAAAGUCCAGAUCAACGAUAUGGAGCUUCUGGGAUCCUUCUUUCGCGCAAGCUGUGUCCCACCUUGAUAUCGUUGAGGAAGUCAUGACUUUGGGCACUGUGUUCACCGUCAAGUUUAACGAGGACAAUACGGGUUAUGCCUCGCACUGCGCCCGGAAAUUACUCCAAUCUAUUAAAGACGUCGUGAAUCACCACGGGUCGAGGUCAUCGACCCUUGCAGGUGAUUCCUUUGGAAUCCACUUCAGAACUCUGGGAAAUACCGCAUAUUUCAUGACAAGUCUGAACACGUCCCGCGAAAUCAUCGAGGAGGUUGAAAAUAGGAUCUGGGCGACGCUUAACACACAAAACAAAGGGCUACUGCAAUGA